AUGUCAGAAACGCAAUUCUUCAACUUGGUGCUGCUGCUGAAGUGUCGCUAUGCACGAGUGAACCAAAGGCUGAGAUCAGUGUGGCAGAGAGCAGAGUCAGCUUCAUUCCUAAAGCGGUCAACACCUUGGAUGGACAUGGUAGCAACUACCGACGACGGCCGCUCUUGCAGGAGACUCUUUAUUGAUACAGUGAUGCGGCAAGCCAAGAACGUUGACGACCCUGGAGAGGUUCAUCUGCUGCGUCAAGUGCACGGUCAGCUCUUCGACACAGCAGGACUCGUUAAUGAAGCGUUCGGCCUGCCAAUACUGAGUGCUGUCGCCGCCCACUUCAUCCACUGCGUAUCGCUGCUCAACCUGACGCUGGCGCUCAAGUUACAAUAUCAGCCUAUCCCGCCCAGCCAAGUGGACCUGUUGAUGCUGAACCUGCUGAGCUGGGUGGUGCUGCACGUCAGCUGCGUGCUGGCCGUGACGUGGUGCUGCAGCUCCGCCGUCGCCGAGGCGCGCCGGACAGCUGUUCUGGUGCACAAGGCGCUGCUGCCGAACGCGGGCGCCGGCGCGGCUGGCACACAGCUGCGCGACCAGCUGCAGCUGUUCUCGCAGCAGCUGCUGCACCACCGUCUGCGCUUCACCGCUGCCGGUGUCUUCACGGUCGACCUCACCAUACUCCUUUCCAUGGCUGGCGCCAUCACCACCUACCUCGUGAUUUAUUUGCAGUUUAACGAUACCAAAAAGAUUUAA